CAUGCCGUCAUGCCCAUGCCAUGCAUGGUAGGCGUGAUGUUAUCAGUUGUUUACAAUAAUUUAUCUAACCGUUCUGAGGUCUAACCUAAGUUGUAAACUAGUUAAUCUAACCAACGAUAAAGGUUGAAUACUGUGGUGACAACUGACAAGCAAUUAAAAUGAAUGCAUUGAUUAGGAAGAAAUGUUGGCACUUCCAACCAUCCCUUUCACAUGCCAUAAAAUAUUAUCAUAACAGAUCCGCAGUUUAUGGUUAUAGGCCAAAGGACUCGACAGGCUUUAAUUUGGAUCCAGAAAUCAUAGCAAGUCGACAGAGAGAGAGUCAGCUGUUUCAACUUAUCAGUGCCUACAGGGAACACGGCCAUAAAUGUGCUAAUAUUAACCCUGUUGAUUUUACUACAAGAAAGCGGACUGUAGCAGAAUUGGACCCUUUAAGAUAUGGACUAACAGAUGAUAGAAAAUAUGAUUUUUCCAAUUUGAUGUGUUGGCGCAAGAGUGAUGGUAGCUUGAGAGAUGCAUUGGAAUUUCUAAAUAGUGUGUACUGUGGAAAUAUUGGUGCAGAGUUCUCCUACCUACAAGAGGAAGAAGAAAAGGAGUGGUUUGCCAGCCGCUUAGAAGAAUUAACAAAUGAACCAGUAAACAAAGAUUUUGAAAGAGUUGUGGCCCUAGAGAUGCUGAAAUGUCAAGCUUUUGACCAUUUCAUGGCGAAGAAGUUUGUCUCUCUCAAACGGUAUGGGGCUGAAGGGGCAGAGUCAAUCAUGGCAUUUUUUCUUCAGUUCUUAAAAUCUUGCGUCAAUGGAGGACUCACGGAUCUGAUCAUUGGAAUGCCACACAGGGGAAGAUUGAACUUGCUGAUAAACUUACUUAAACUCCCUCCAGAACUGUUGUUCCACAAACUGUCGGGCAAAUCUGAGUUUCCCGACACAGCAAAGGCCUGUGGUGAUGGUGGUGAUGUUAUUAGCCAUCUCAUUUCCAACACAGAGUUAGAUAUUGAUGGCAUUCCACUUCAAGUAACUACUCUGCACAACCCUUCUCAUUUAGAGGCAGUAAAUCCGGUGUCUGUAGGGAAAACUCGAUGUCGUCACCUAGAACUUGGAGAGGGAGGGUAUGGAGUUGGAAGUUGGUCUGACAAAGUUCUUAAUUUACAGAUUCAUGGAGACGGAGCCAUCGUAGGACAGGGCAUCAACCAAGAGACUCUGUUCCUGGGCAAAAUCCCUCAUUUUGAGGUCGGAGGGAGUGUUCACCUGAUAGUCAACAAUCAGGUGGCCUUCACCACCCCACCUGAGCGAGGCCGCGGCACGCCGUACUGCUCGGACAUCGCCAAGAUGAUAGCUGCACCUGUGGUCCAUGUCAAUGGUAACAUGCCUCAGGAUGUCAUCAGAGCCACACAGCUGGUUACAGAAUACCAACGCAAGUUUCGAAAGGAUGUGUUUCUCGAUCUCAACUGUUACCGUCUCAGAGGUCACAAUGAACUGGACGACCCAACAUUCACCAAUCCAAAGCUUUAUGAAGUCAUUAGAAACCAAAGAACUGUGCCUGAUCAGUUUGCUGCGAUAUUGAAGGAAACAGGAGUGCUGAGUGAGGAAGAUGAAAACCAAACACUAGACAACUACACUACUUGGCUCAACAAUUGUUACAAGCAAGCAGAUCAAUACUCCCCUCCGGAGAGUUACUUCAAGUUGCAGUGGAGAGGGUUCACACAAGCCCCAGCUGCCAUCACAGUGUGGGACACUGGCUGUGACAUCAACCUUCUCCGCUACGUAGCCACCCAGUCCGUCACCUUCCCAGAACAUUUUAAAGUGCACCCCACACUGCUGAAGAAUCAUGUCAAUGGCAGGCUGAAUAGAAUCAGUGAAGGACAUGAUAUAGACUGGAGUACAGCUGAAGCUAUGGCAUGGGGCAGUUUGCUUUAUGAAGGUUACAAUGUGCGUAUCAGUGGGCAGGAUGUUGGUAGAGGCACCUUCUCCCACAGACAUGCUAUGCUUGUAGACCAGGACACCAAUGACCUGCAUAUUCCUCUCAAUCACUUAGCUGAGGGUCAAGCCACUUUCCUUGAGAUUGCCAACAGUCAUCUAUCAGAGGAAGCUGUUCUUGGAUUUGAAUACGGAAUGAGUUUGGAAAGUCCGAAACAUUUGUUCAUAUGGGAAGCACAGUUUGGAGACUUUUUUAACGGAGCUCAGAUUCAGAUAGAUACGUUUAUUUCUUCUGGAGAAAGCAAGUGGAUGAGAUGCAGUGGGUUGGUAAUGCUGCUGCCCCACGGCUACGACGGCGCAGGCCCUGAACACUCAUCCUGUCGACUGGAGAGGUUCCUCCAGUUGACAGACUCCAGUGAGACUUCGGUGGAUGGUGAGGACGUCAACAUGCACAUAGCUAACCCUACAACACCUUCUCAGUACUUCCACUUGCUGCGACGACAGAUGGUUCGAAACUACCGAAAGCCAUUGAUAGUUGUUGGACCAAAAAUGUUGAUAAGAUAUCCAGAAGCAGUCUCUUCAUUGGCUGAGUUUGGACCGGGAACUCGAUUUAAUCCUGUUUUAGGUGAUAAGAGUGUCAGAGCUCCUGAAGCAGUGACCAAGGUGUUGUUGGUGAGUGGCAAACACUUCUAUGCCCUGAGGAAACAGAGAGAUGAUCUUGGAUUGCUGGAUGUGGCUAUUGUUCGAGUUGAGGAACUUUGUCCCUUUCCCACUUACUAUCUACAACAGGAACUUGAAAAGUACUCAAAAGCAAAGUAUUUCAUUUGGUGUCAAGAAGAACAUCGCAAUAUGGGUGCAUGGACUUAUUGUAAGCCUCGAUUUGAGAACCUUCUUGGUAUAAAGUUGAUGUAUUCCGGUCGAAGGACGUUGGCCGCCCCAGCUGUUGGUAUUGGGGAACUGCACAAACAAGAAGUGGCUUAUGUCAUAACACACCCUUUUGAAAUAUCAUAGUAGCAAAAUGUCAAGUGAUAUUGGCAGUACUGUGAAUCACAACAGAACUCUCCUCUUUACGAAUUAGUAAAUUUUACCAUUUCAUGUAGAGUUGGCCAGAUAGUAAAAAAUCAGUUUGUAGGUUGUUACACUUACCUUCAAUUCUGAAUAUCGAGGUUUAAUUCUUAGAAUUUUAGCCUAUGGCUGUAAAGAAUUGCGGCUUAUUUAACACUCAUAGCCGAAUAGAAUUAUUUGUUCAUGUCACCAUAGACAAAAAGAAUUAAAUAUAGACCGAAAGCCGUGCUGCGGUUAGCAUAGGUUCUGGCGUCCACUGCUGGGAGUGCCCUGUAGUUACGGCGUGCUAACCGUAGCACUAUAUUGUCUAUAUUUAAUUCUUUUUGUUUAUGAUGUCACAUACUCCAAGGUAUCUAUGUAAGAGGAAUGGGGAUAAAACAUGAGUUAAAAAUGAAUAAGAGUGAAAUAAUUAAUAAUCACUUGAAAAAAUGUAAAGUUUAGUAAUUUGUUUAAUAUUAACAUUAACCCUCAGUUUUGAUAAAUAGUUACUGAAUUUUCACUUUUCGAUGCUUUUGUGUUCAUGGUAUUUUUAGGUGCUAUGAAUGUGUUAUAGAUAAAGUUAGAGGUAAAAGACAGAGGUUUUAUUUUGUGUUAUUUUUUUAAAUCCUCAUAUAUUAUUGUACCUAUACUGAUUAUAUUGUACUGUACUGUGAAUGUCCAUAACAUAAUGAUGUGUUAACUUUAACAAUUUUAAAACACUAUUUGUUAGGAUAUAUAAAAAUUUAGUAGUUAGGAAAAGUCAGGGUUAUUUUUAUUGAAUGUUAUUUGUUAUAUUAUAUGUAGGAUAAUACUGAUUGUUCUUCACUAUUUCGUUGGAUUAUAAAACCAAGUGUUUAGGGCAGAAGUUUGACAAUACGACAUUAGUGCCAAGUGGCAGUGUCUACCUAUCACCACAUCACUGUCUUGUUACAUGCACUCCAAUACAGUUUCCAGUCAACUUUACCUUUGAUAGUUAUUUGAAGUGAUUAUUGUACAAGUAUACUCUUAUAUUAAGGAAUCGUAUGUUAUUUAGGUAUAAGUAGACUCUCGAUUAUCCACUUAACACGUUCACUGCGGAUGUAUCCGAUCGGAUACGGGCCGUGCGCUGUUCAGGUGCUGCCGUAACCGAUCGGAUACGCUCGGCAAUGCCUUUCGUAUAUCAUCGUUUUUGCUCUAGCGUCGGUCGAAGGCAGACCUAUUCCACGUUAGCGUGUAGUGGGUGACUUGCUUUUUGUUGUGUUGUAGGUUGGUAGUAAAAUUUCCCCAUAUAAUCCCCGUCUGGCAAACUUAAAAAUCAACUUGUUGUCCCGUCUUUCUCCCUCCAAUUGGCAAUACGAUGGAACCGGCUACGUUCCAAGCAGUGCUGCUAUCUGUAAGUGUUUAGCGAACUACGUCGACUCUUGUUAUAAAACAGGACAUCACCGCACGCUAUUUGCUAUUCGUCAUACCGAAAUAUGAGAGCCAAUCACCCGGCAAUCGGGUUUGUUUGACGCUGCGGGCUGCGCCGCACUGGGGCUACGCCUGCUAUUUGAUGGCCCGCAGCGAACGUGUUAAGAGUGGCUGAGUAAGUGUGGAUAAUAUCAACUCAGCCUAAAAUGCCUGGGAAAUAACUAACAUUGACUUGAAUGUAUACUAAGCUGUAAUACAGGUUUAGGUAAUAAUAAUAGUAUAAUUUCAUCAGUAGGACGUAAAGUUACUUUUGGAAAAGAAAGACACUUUUUGCCUGUAUGAUGCACUAUAUUUUUUGUCUUGACCCUUCCAGGACUAUAGGCAGAUAUAUCCGCCUAUCUUUUUGGGCUCCCCGGACAGUAGGCGGAUAUAUCCGCCGAUUAUUACGGUAGCUAUUGUUAUAGUUCAUUGUCUAUAACAUCAUUAAUCUUCGUAAAACAUUCUUUUUAUUCAAUUAUAUCUUAACUGAUGUACUAUAAGAAUAAAAAAA